AUGCAUCGCCGCCACUCGAUACACCCUCGAGAAGCGGAGGCUUCUUUCACCUUCCUAAGCGAUCCAGGAGACCUAUCCUACCUUCCGGCGGGUCACGACACCGACCCUCUUCACUUCGCUCGUUCCGUCGACGAUUCCCGACUGACGAGAUCGAACGCGGCAUCGACAAGCUUCAAGCGGUCGCCAUCCGUACCCGCCGUGGCAUCUCUCGAAGAGCCAGACACGCCANAAAGGCCUUCCUCCCGCGUCAGCGAUGGUCACUCGGGUCACUCGGAUGAAGCUCGCUUGGGUUUGCCAGAGAAAUGGUCCAUCUACGCUGUCUCGAGGCAUGAAGGCCAUGCAUCCUAUACUCCAAAGCGAAAACAUGAUGACAUUGAUUUUGCCAAAUUCGACUUCACUCGAUCCAUCGAAUUCUCACUGUCUGCCGAUGCAUUGUCCUCUUCUGAAACCCUACCUUCAUACCGCUCCCGUACCAACUCUGCUGGUCACACUGAAGACACCCUUCCACCAUAUCACGUAGACGACGAACUUUCCUCCGUCGUCGAGGCCAUCUAUGCACAAAAUGCCGACCUCCUUAAGAAGCCAAAGCUCAAACGACAUCGACCCCUGCCUCGCCAUUUCGAUGAACUCGAGCUCAAAGAAAUUCGACGCAAAACUCGCCAUCAGAUCAGAGUGAAUGAAUUGAAAGUUCAGAAACGCGAUGUCAUUGUUGCUGUGCUCGAGGGCGUUGCAGUCAAGCUUGUCUUUCUAGCCAUCACCCUCAACAACGACGACUUCCUUGUCCUCACCCACGAACUUGUCUCUACGCACUCUGACACAAUUGCUCCUAUCUUACACAACAUCCCUGGUUUCGACCAAGCUCAUCAGGCUUUCAUAACCCCCAUCGAAAAGAUACAAGAAAUGCUAGGCUUACCUUCAAUGGCUCAGCGUGCGAUAGAAUUUGGAAGUGGUGGUGGCUGGCUCGAUCCUGCAGACGUGGUCUUGAAGAACAUGUUCUUGGUUGGUGCUGUGCAAGUCGCCAUGGAAACUGCCAUCGAUCAAAUUCAGGAUCACAUGGCGAGGGUUAAAGAGCGCAUGAGAGAACACCGUGGUCAUACACGUAUUGCUGCUAGGCAGAAAGAAUGUGAGGUCGAGGGUGUGGCUUGGAGUAAGAAUGUUGAGGUGUUGUUCAAGAUGUCUGCAAGAGAAGGAAAGUGA